CUCUCUCUCUCUCUCUCUCUCUCUAGAUCACACUCUGAAUCUAUACUUUGAUUUCACGUUGACUGCAUUUUCUGAUUGAAAUUGGAUUCGAUCGACAAACAAACGGCUUGAAUCUAGAGAGACAAACACUGCUCGCCUGGAUCUGAUCCGAGUCUACCGGAGAUGGCGCUGUCAGGUAUGAGAGGUCUCUCCGUCUUCAUCUCCGAAAUCCGUAAUUGUCAGAACAAAGAACAAGAACGCCUUCGUGUUGAUAAAGAGCUUGGCAAUAUCCGUACUCGCUUCAAAAAUGAAAAGGGUUUGACGCCAUAUGACAAGAAGAAAUAUGUUUGGAAAAUGCUUUACAUAUUUAUGCUAGGAUAUGAUGUAGACUUUGGUCAUAUGGAAGCCGUUUCUUUGAUAUCUGCACCAAAAUAUCCAGAAAAGCAGGUUGGGUAUUUAGUGACAUCAUGCUUGCUUAACGAGAAUCAUGAUUUUUUAAGAUUAGCAAUUAAUACAGUUCGCAAUGAUAUUAUUGGCCGCAACGAGACUUUUCAGUGCCUGGCAUUGACAUUGGUUGGGAAUAUUGGUGGUAGAGAAUUUGCUGAAUCACUAGCACCUGAUGUUCAAAAGUUACUUAUCUCAAGUAGUUGCAGACCACUGGUGAGAAAGAAAGCUGCACUUUGUCUUCUUAGGCUAUUUAGGAAAAAUCCUGAUGUUGUGAAUGUAGAUGGCUGGUCAGACCGGAUGACACAACUAUUAGAUGAACGCAAUCUUGGUGUUUUGACAUCAUCUAUGAGCCUUUUUGUUGCUCUAGUGUCCAAUAACCAUGAAGCAUACUGGAGUUGUCUUCCAAAGUGUGUUAAAGUGUUGGAAAGGCUUGCUCGGAAUCAUGAUGUUCCUCAAGAAUACACAUAUUAUGGUAUUCCUUCUCCCUGGCUUCAGGUCAAAACAAUGAGGGCCCUUCAGUAUUUUCCAACUGUUGAAGAUCCAAACACAAGAAGAUCAUUAUUUGAGGUUCUACAACGAGUACUCAUGGGAACAGAUGUUGUGAAAAAUGUUAAUAAGAACAAUGCAUCUCAUGCUGUCUUAUUCGAAGCUCUUGCUCUUGUAAUGCAUCUUGAUGCCGAAAAAGAGAUGAUGUCUCAAUGCGUAGCGUUGCUGGGAAAAUUUAUAGCUGUCCGUGAGCCAAAUAUCCGUUAUCUUGGUCUGGAGAAUAUGACUCGAAUGUUGAUGGUUACAGAUGUUCAGGACAUAAUUAAGAGACAUCAAGCUCAAAUUAUCACCUCACUGAAGGAUCCAGACAUCAGCAUUCGGAGACGUGCACUAGAUCUACUUUACGGCAUGUGUGAUGUUUCAAAUGCUAAAGACAUCGUUGAAGAACUAUUGCAGUAUCUUGGAACGGCGGAUUUUACGAUGCGUGAAGAGUUGGCAUUAAAAGCUGCUAUUCUGGCAGAAAAAUUUGCCCCCGAUUUAUCGUGGUAUGUGGAUGUUAUUCUUCAGUUGAUUGAUAAAGCAGGAGACUUUGUCAGUGAUGACAUUUGGUUUCGUGUUGUGCAAUUUGUAACUAACAAUGAGGACCUUCAGCCUUAUGCAGCUCUGAAAGCUAGGGAGUAUCUUGAUAAGCCUGCAAUACAUGAGACAAUGGUUAAGGUUAGUGCUUAUCUGCUUGGAGAAUACAGCCACCUUUUGGCCAGACGACCUGGGUGUACUCCAAAGGAAAUUUUUGGCAUUAUACAUGAGAAGCUUCCUACUGUAUCGACGCCUACAAUUUCCAUCCUUCUCUCAACAUAUGCAAAGAUUCUGAUGCACUCACAACCACCAGAUCCAGAAUUGCAGAAUCAGAUUUGGGCAAUAUUCAGCAAAUAUGAAAGCUGUAUUGAUGCUGAGAUACAACAAAGAGCUGUUGAGUACCUCACGUUGAGUAGGAAAGGUGCAGCCUUGAUGGAUAUUUUAGCAGAAAUGCCCAAGUUCCCUGAGCGUGAGUCCUCAUUGAUUAAGAAAGCCGAAGACACUGAAGCUGAUACUGCAGAGCUAAGUGCUAUCAAGUUGAGGGCACAGCAGCAGGCCUCUACUGCUCUGGUGGUGACAGACCAGCGGCCUGCAAAUGAAUCUCCACAAGUGAGCCAACUUGCUAUGGUUAAGAUCCCUAGCAUGAACAAUAUGGAAAAUAACUCUGUUGACCAAGAAUUGACUCAAGCCAACGGGAUUCUGGGUGAAGUUGAGCCACAACCCCCUACCCAUGCUCCUGAUGCCGAUAUCCUUGGGGAUCUUUUAAGCCCAUUGGCUAUAGAAGGACCUCCUGGUGUAUCUGCUAAAUCAGAGCAUAAUAUAGUUUCUGGAAUUGAAGGCCCACUCAGUGAAGACGAUGCAUUAGCUCUUGCACCUGUUGGAGAGCAAGAUAAUGUGGUCAAGCCAAUAGGAGAUGUCGCAGAAAGAUUUCAUGCCUUAUGCCUUAAAGAUAGUGGAGUUCUAUAUGAGGAUCCUUACGUUCAGAUUGGUAUUAAAGCAGAGUGGCGAGCUCAUCAGGGUAGCUUUGUCCUCUUCUUGGGAAACAAAACUACUUCUUCACUUGUUUCGGUUCAAGCGGUUAUUCUGCCUCCAUCCCACCUGAAAUUGGUGCUCUCAUCAGUACCGGAAAUUAUACCUCCUCGAGCACAGGUUCAAUGCCCACUUGAAGUGGAAAAUAUCCGUCCAAGUAGGGAUGUUGCAGUUCUCGACUUCUCCUACAAGUUUGGAACCAAUAUGGUUAAUAAUAAGCUUCGCCUUCCUGCAGUCUUGAACAAAUUUUUUCAGCCUACACCAGUAUCUGCGGAGGAAUUUUUUCCACAGUGGAGAUUACUGGCUGGACCUCCUUUAAAACUUCAAGAAGUGGUAAGAGGUGUAAGACCGAUGUCUUUGGGAGAAAUGGCAAAUUUGUUGAACAGUUUGAGGCUUGUAGUUUGCCCUGGACUGGAUCCAAAUGCAAGUAACUUAGUUGCAACGACGACCUUCUAUUCUGAAAGUACACGAGCCUUGUUAUGUCUGGUAAGAAUUGAAACGGAUCCAGCUGACAGAAGCCAACUACGCAUGACAGUGGCAUCAAGGGAUCCGACACUAACAUUUGAGUUGAAAGAAUUCAUCAAGGAACAUUUGGUUAGCAUUCCCACAGCCUCGAGGCCACCGCCUCAACCGCAGAUUGCAGCAUCAGAUCCUGGGGCUUUGCUUGCAGGUUUGCUUUGAUUAAAUAUGUCCAUGCUCACAACUGUAGAGUUAUUAUUAUUAUACAGUCCCAAGGGGCUUAAGGUUGAGUUGGAGGCCUUUUGGGGAUAUAUUCUUUUUCAAGGAUUAGAUGGUGUAUUGGUAGGGGGUUGGGUUUCAUUUUUUUUGGUGAGGGUUUAUUUGGUCAUAAAUUCUUUAUAGAGAUGAUGUAA